AUGGCGACUCUCAACCAGAUUAUGCGCGGCAUGCGCAAGAGAACCAAGACUGCAAGCAAGGCACCGCUGUACACGACAAAACCCAAGAAGCCCAAUUCGGCUGUGCGUAAGGUUGCGCGCGUGCGCCUUACCAAUGGCAAGACUGUGAUUGCAUACAUUCCUGGCGAGGGCCACAACCUGCAGGAGCACAGCGUCGUUCUUGUCCGCGGCGGCCGUGUCCCCGAUCUGCCCGGUGUCCUUUAUCACAUUGUCCGCGGAGCGUUGGAUCUCCAGGGUGUACAGGGCCGUAUGUCUGCCAGAAGCAAGUACGGUGCGUCCAAGCCCAAGAAAUAAAAAUAGAGGCAUUUAAGCUUAAAAUGUCUAAAAAAAUAAUAACACUCAUAUGCCGCGUCAAACUCUGUAUAAUUGCAAGCAGGCGCCAAAUGCAAGGCAGAAGCAAAAGACAACA